AUGUACAUCGGCAGCACCGGUCCCUCUGGAUUACACCAUCUCGUCACAGAACUGGUUGACAACUCUAUAGACGAAAUCAGUGCCGGUUACGGGACACAUGUCGAAGUUAAGCUCCAUAGCGAUGGCAGUGUAACCGUCACUGAUGACGGUCGAGGCAUUCCUGUUGAUACUCACUCGACAGGAGUUUCUGCCCUUGAGGUAGUUAUGACCACACUGCACGCUGGCGGUAAAUUUGAUGGUCGAGAACAAGUCGGUUACCAAACCGCUGGUGGCUUGCACGGUGUUGGUGCUUCUUGCGUCAAUGCCCUCUCUGAAUGGCUCCACGUUCAAGUUACGCAAAACGGCACAAUUUACGAACAACGCUACGCUCGCGGUAUUCCACAGACACCUGUAGAGAAAAUUGGUAAGAGCAACAAAACAGGCACCCAUACCAGAUUCAUGCCAGAUUCCGAAAUAUUUGAUACGCUCGACUUUUCACACGAUGUUCUUCGGGACCGGCUUAGAGAACUCGCCUUCCUUAACAAAGGCGUACGGAUCCAAUUUCACGACGCUCGUGAUGAUGAAAAUUCGGAACCAAUUGCUUUUCAAUACGAUGGCGGAAUUGCCUCUUUCGUUACCUACCAUAACCAAAACAAAGAAGUCUUGCAUUCCGAACCCAUCUACAUAGAGGGUAUUGAGUCAGAGAUCGGAGUAGAGAUCGCCUUUCAGUUCAAUACUACCUACACAGAAAACAUUAGUUCCUACGCCAACAACAUUCGUACCGCUGAAGGUGGGUUUCACGAGAGCGGCUUUAAGAGUGCCCUUACUCGUGUCUUCAAAACGUAUGCUACUGCCAACGAUCUUCUGCGAAACGCCAAGAUAAAUCUCACUGGCGAAGACAUCCGCGAAGGAAUGACUGCAGUCAUCAGCGUCAAAGUUCCGGAUCCGCAAUUCGAAGGACAGACAAAAUCGAAACUUGGAAAUACAGAGGUUGAAGGAAUCGUUCAGAGUUUUAUUGGUCCCCGGCUCAAAACGCUUCUGGAAGAAAAUCCUGCUGUGUCCAAACGCAUCAUCCAAAAAGCAAUCCAAGCCGCUCAAGCUCGCGAAGCCGCCCGCAGCGCACGUGAAGUUAUCCGCCGCAAAAGUGUCCUUGACUCCGCUUCUAUGCCGGGAAAACUUGCUGACUGUUCUGAGCGGGAUUCAACCUUAACUGAACUCUUCCUCGUUGAAGGGGACUCCGCCGGCGGUACCGCCAAACAGGGAAGGGACCGGCGGAACCAAGCUAUUCUUCCUCUUAAAGGUAAAGGCAUCAACGUAGACAAGUCAAGGCUUGACAAGAUUCUCAAAAAUGCCCAAGUCAUUGACAUCAUCACGGCAUUGGGAACGGGGAUCGGUGCUGAAGAGUUCAGUCUUGAAAAACUCCGCUACGCCAAAAUUAUCAUUAUGGCGGAUGCCGAUGUUGAUGGUGCUCACAUCCGAACGUUGCUUUUAACUUUCUUCUUCCGGCAGAUGCCCGAACUCAUCGCCGGUGGACAUCUCUACAUUGCCCAACCGCCACUUUACCAAGUUAGAAAGGGCAGAAAUUCACAGUACCUGCAAGAUGAGGCGGAAAUGGAAGACUACCUCCUCACCUUAGCACUUGAUAAACAUCGCGGUCUCGCGAUUACUCGAUACAAAGGCUUAGCUGAAAUGAACGCUGAUCAGCUACGCGACACCACUAUGCGUCGAGACCAACGCAUCCUGCUUAGAGUGACGCUUAAAGACGCUGUCGAAGCCGAUCGCAUCUUUACACUUCUCAUGGGGGAUACCGUUGAACCUCGACGGGAAUUCAUAGAGCGCUACGGGACUCAGGUAAAUCUUGAUGUAUACGGUGCCUAA